AUGGAUCUUGAAGCGGCGCGACCGCCACCGAGCGCCGAGGACGCGCCCGACGACAACAACGCUCCGAGCCACGGCGAAGGCGGCGCUGCCACCGGCGACGACGACGCUGCCUCUUCUAGCGAUCUCGGUCUCCUCAGCACCGACGACGAAGGCCACAAUGGUGCCACCACCGGCGAUGAGUUUGAUCCGCCCUUGGAUCCGCUUCCCGAAGGCGAUGACGAGGCGCCGGGCGACAUGCUCACGUUGGAAGCCAGUGCGCUCGAGGUACCGGCCGCACCGAGCAGCAGCAGCAGUCCGCCGACGAGCACACCAUCCAGCGUUGCCGUCGACAGCACCGAGCUCACUCCAACUCCAACACCAUCGGUCGCGACGCGUCGGCAAGAGAAGCGGAAGAAGGUCAAGGCCAAGCGCGACGUGGUGCCUGUCACGCCCGGGUUCUUUCAGCACGAACGCGCCAUGGUGGCACUGAGCCUCAAGAAGCUGCGUGCGAUGCGACGCAAGGCGCCGAUCCAAGUUCGCAUCUUCACGGCGCCGCGCCGCGUCAAGACGCCGUUCGACAACUACGUCUGCGCGACGUCUGAAGUCGUGUGCAGCGACAUCUUUUGGUCGGCGAUUCAAGGCAACAUGCUCCGGCUACAGCACCUCGUGCGCGUCGAAGGCAUUGCCGUCGAGACGACCGCCGACCCAUGGAUGAUGCACCAGACGCCACUGCAUUGGGCGGCAAAAGGGGGGUCGAGGGAGGCAGUGGCUUUUCUCUUGGCCCACGGCGCCAGCGUCUACACUAAGGACGACAACGGCAGUAUCCCGCUACACUUGGCGUGCUAUGCAGGCCACGCCCAAGUGGCCAUUGCACUUCUUCAAGCGGGCGAUCUCAAAGACCUUCUCAUCGCCGACUACGACGCAAAUUUGAAUUCGCUCGAAUGGGCGACCGUGCGCGGUCACACGCAGUGCGUACGAGAUCUCAUCAAGUACACGGACACUGUCUGGCUCCCAACGUUUGUCGCCGACUUGAUCUGGAACAUCAUUCUGAAAACCAAGAUGAAGACAGCCGACGAAAAGCGGGCCGAGGAGAAAGUGGCCGCGCAGCGCGCCGAGUACCAGCGCUUGCAGGCCCUCGCCGAGCAAGCCAAAUUGGCGGCCAGCCUCGGCGAGGCCGUGGUGCUGGACCGAAGCGAUGUGAGUCGAGUCGACUUGAAGCCCCAAUAA